AUGGCUUUCCGUUGGGAUCAAGCAUAUCAAAAAUACAGCAUCGGCCAAAGCCUUGCUGUCACCAUCUUACUCAGCACAAACUACUGGCGCAACAAAGAAGACGAGGAAGAUGCUUUAGCCGCAAUCAUCGGAUCAGCAAUCUUAGGCCACCCCACUCCAAUCCAAACUCUACGGACCUACCUUACACGAAACAAUCUCGCUGGUCAUCCUCGAUCAAGUAGUGCCUGGGCUCACUUGCGAACGUUCGGUAAUGAUCGAGCAUACGUCACCACUAUGGGUGUUGAUGUUCAGACCUUCAAAGCGUUGUUAGUACAUUUCAGUGCAGCCUGGGAUUCGGAAGCAAUCUGCCGGGCCGAUGUGAACCCAAACGGUGCACCUCAACUAGCUAGACAAUCUCUUGACGCUGCCGGUGGCUUAGGUCUUAUACUACACUGGAUCAGUUUGACUAUGGCUUCACAUACUUUGCAGCAAAUUUUUGCGAUAACUCCAGCUGUUUGCGCUCAAUAUCUGCAACACAGUCUCAAGCUUCUCCUGGAUGUAUUGCGGAAUCUUGAAAUGGCCAAGAUUUGUUUUGGUUUCAUUGACGGAUUGAAUCUCCCCAUCAUGGUAGCUGAUGAUGAUGACCUUCAAAAUGCCUAUUACAAUGGCUGGACUUGCGCACAUUAUUGCAGCAGUGUCCUAACUUUUGCUCCGGAUGGCACAGUUAAACAUGCCAUUCUCAACGCACCCGGCUCCUGGCACAAGUCAAAUGUGGCCAAACAAUUAUACGAGCAACUGCAGCACAACACACCACAUGGAUAUCGGGUGAUUAGUGAUACUGCUUUUCCGUGGGUUACUAAUUGGCUGGGCUAUCGAAUUGUGGCCCCUGCGAAGCGGGGAGACAAGUUGCCAAAGGAUUCAAUGUGA